AUGGCGGACUACCUCAUCAGCGGCGGCACCGGCUACGUGCCCGACGACGGGCUGACGGCGCAGCAGCUCUUCAGCUGCGGCGAUGGGCUCACCUACAACGACUUCCUCAUCCUCCCGGGGUACAUCGACUUCACGGCGGACCAGGUGGACCUGACCUCGGCGCUGACCAAGAGGAUCACCCUGAAAACCCCGCUGGUCUCCUCUCCCAUGGACACGGUCACCGAGGCCGGCAUGGCCAUCGCCAUGGCGCUCACCGGGGGAAUUGGAUUCAUCCACCACAACUGCACCCCGGAGUUCCAGGCCAACGAAGUGCGGAAGGUGAAGAAAUACGAGCAAGGAUUCAUCACAGACCCCGUGGUGCUGAGCCCCAACGACCGAGUGCGAGAUGUGUUUGAAGCAAAAGCUCGUCACGGAUUUUGUGGGAUUCCCAUCACGGACAACGGGAAGAUGGGGGGCAAGCUGGUUGGGAUCAUCUCGUCUCGAGAUAUUGAUUUCCUGAAAGAGUCGGAACAUGACUUGCCUCUCGGCGAGAUUAUGACAAAGCGGGAGGAUCUUGUUGUGGCCCCGGCUGGCGUAAUGUUGAAAGAAGCGAAUGAAAUUCUGCAAAGGAGUAAAAAAGGCAAGCUGCCAAUUGUUAAUGAAGAUGACGAGCUGGUGGCUAUAAUUGCCCGCACCGAUCUCAAGAAGAACCGGGACUACCCUCUGGCUUCUAAGGAUUCCAAGAAGCAGCUGCUCUGUGGUGCCGCUAUCGGGACCCACGAAGAUGACAAGUACCGGCUGGACCUCCUGGUGCAGGCUGGCGUGGAUGCAGUAGUGCUGGAUUCCUCUCAGGGGAACUCCAUCUUCCAGAUCAAUAUGAUAAAAUAUAUUAAGGAGAAAUAUCCCAACCUACAAGUUAUUGGAGGAAACGUUGUGACCGCUGCUCAGGCCAAGAACCUCAUUGACGCAGGGGUCGAUGCCCUGAGAGUCGGGAUGGGCAGUGGCUCCAUCUGCAUCACACAGGAAGCUGCUCCAAAGAUCCCUCCAGACCUAAAGUCCCACAGCCCCAAAUGCCCUUCUACUGUCACGGGCACCUAUAUGCUGGCGUGCGGCCGCCCCCAGGCCACGGCGGUGUACAAGGUGUCCGAAUACGCCAGGAGAUUCGGCGUCCCCGUGAUUGCAGAUGGAGGGAUCCAGACGGUUGGGCACAUCGCAAAGGCCCUCGCGCUCGGGGCCUCCACAGUGAUGAUGGGCUCUCUCCUGGCUGCCACCACGGAGGCCCCAGGCGAGUACUUCUUCUCAGAUGGAAUUAGGCUGAAGAAAUACCGUGGCAUGGGCUCACUAGAUGCCAUGGACAAGAACUUGGGCAGCCAGAACCGGUAUUUCAGUGAGACAGACAAAAUCAAAGUGGCCCAGGGGGUCUCUGGCGCAGUGCAGGACAAGGGCUCUAUCCACAAGUUCAUUCCGUACCUGAUUGCUGGGAUUCAGCAUUCCUGCCAGGAUAUUGGUGCCAAGAGCCUGACCCAAGUCCGAGCCAUGAUGUACUCGGGAGAGCUGAAGUUUGAGAAGAGGACGACGUCUGCCCAGGUGGAAGGAGGGGUGCAUGGCCUCCACUCGUAUGAGAAACGCCUCUUCUGAAGGAGGUCCGUCUGUGUCUGUCGUUGUGCCACUCAGCCCUGCGCCACCCCAUGCGGGAGCUGCUCUUGCUGUAGAAGUGCCAUUACUCUGUGGGCUGCCUGGAGCUCCCUGUGUCCCUUGGCUGCUUCAUCACCACCCGAGAGGGCCCACCCGCUGCCCAGGAGCAGUGAUCCUGGGCUGGCGCCUGGAGCCUUGCACGCGUUGGCCGUGUUUUACAAUAAAAGACGAAAAGAUGUGCAGUUGGUGUCAGCCCGGAGCCCCUCUUCCUUCUGUACUGCCCUUGUUCUCUUUCCUUGGUUCUCUCCUUUGCUUCCUGCACCCUCUCAGGAGCAGCUGAUGGCCCCAGAAGGGACACUGUGUGCAUGUGAGGGGGAACAGGGAGGGGACAGCCCCAGGACAGGGCUCAGUGGAUAAUGCAGUGCGGGGUGUUAAAAAAAAACUUCGUGAGAGCA